GCCUUCAGCGAGUUCCCUUCCCUCCUGUUCUGUUCUCAUGGUUUAGCCCCUGAAACGCGAGCAAGCAAAGACAAUGGCAACUCGUGCGAAAGCGAUGCAGAGAUCUGGUUCAGUACUGUGGUGGGUUAUGAAGACACAGAGACGGACCUUGACUGUAACUGCUCCGGCCGCGCCGUCUUAUGCAGGAGCUAUGCCGUUGCCGGUAUUGUGCGGGCGCGGGGACAAAAAGACGAAGAGAGGGAAGAGAUUCAAGGGAUCGUACGGCAAUUCUCGGCCAAAGAGAGAGAAGAUGAUCGAGCGCAUUAAGGACAAAGUCGAGGUUCCCAGGUCUACUCCUUGGCCUCUUCCAUUCAAGCUUAUCUGAUGUCGAAUGCACAAAUUUUCUUGCUCAUCGGAUUUUGGGGUUUUGGUAGUAGGACUAAACUUUACAGGUCUCUGAUUUAUGCUCCCAUUACCAUUUAUUGCUGAAUACUACAUUUUGUUCGGAUUCACCUUACUACUUCAUGUGCUUCGAUUUUCAUACUGGAUUGUAUGGUUCUUAUACUGGAUUGUAUGGUUCUUACUUUUUUGGCCUGCACAAAUGGAGAUUAUCCUUUAUUUAUACUAUAUUAGUAGCAUUUUCGUGAA